AUGACAAAAGAUGAUAUAAAUUCUACACAUAAUAUUUUUAUGAUGAAAAAAAGAGUCAAUGUCCCCACUUAUGAUAAAAAAUAGACUCAAUUUCGAGACUUACUCAUACAUUUACUAUUAUUAAACAAUCAACAGUACUACCGUUCGGGAAAAAAAAAAAAAACACUAAUCAACAGUACUGUAGUUCAAUAUUGCCGGCUUAAAUUUAAUUAAUGCAGUCCAUGGAAGACCAUUAAUAAUUACUUGAAUAUUUUUCCUAUAUAAACCACACUUUCAAGCCCUCCAAGCAUAACUCAACUUCACUCCUCCGUUCCCAAGUGUCUGAUAAGAUCCAAUACAUCCAUACUAAUCAUCCAUGGAGGUCUUUGUCUUAUCUCUGGCUCUUGUUGCCAUCUCUCUUACUCUCACCAUCUUCGCUUUCACUCGCCGAUCCGGUGGCGGUGUCAAGCUGCCACCGGGCAGCUACGGAUGGCCUAUCAUGGGUGAAACCAUCGAGUUCUUGUUUGGCAAGCCGGAAAAGUUUGUGGGUGAUAGGAUGAGGAAGUACUCUCCUGAUAUCUUCAAGACCAACAUUCUCGGAGAGAAAACUGCUGUCAUUUGUGGCCCCAACGGUCACAAAUUCCUCUUCUCCAACGAGCAGAAGCUCUUCACCGCCUUCCGUCCACAUCCCAUGCAAAUGCUGUUCCGUUCAUACAAAACAAAGGAACAAAAACAAGCCACUGGUCCGUCUCAAAUGGCUCGCAACGACGAGGCCAAAGUGAUAAGGUCACCUGGCUUCUUGAAGCCCGAGGCUUUGGUUCGGUAUUUGGGGAAAAUGGACUCCAUGACCCAACAACAGUUGCAGACUUACUGGGAGGGCAAAGACACAGUGAAGGCAUUUGGUCUUUGCAAGACCAUAACAUUGACACUUGCUUGUCGAUUCUUUUUGGGCAUCGACAACCCCGAGAGAAUUGCUAGGCUUGUUACCCAUUUUGAUGAUGUUACUUUGGGGAUGCACUCAAUUACAUUCAAUUUCCCGGGCACUAUAUUUUAUAGAGCGAAUAAAGCUGCCACCGCCAUCCGUAGGGAGCUUCUGGCCGUGAUCAAGGAGAAGAAGGCUGCAAUGGCAACUGGUGCACCGAUGCAAGACAUUCUGUCUCAUAUGGUGGUUGCCAGUGAUCCCACUGGGCAGUUCAUGCCGGAGGCCGAGAUUGCUGAUAAGAUGAUGGGGCUGCUAACUGCUGGAUACAGUACUGUUGCUACUACCAUGACUUUGUUCAUGAAGUAUGUUGGAGAGAGACCUGACAUUUACAAUAAGAUCUUAGCAGAGCAAAAGGAGAUUGCAGCUUCAAAGAAGGCAGGAGAUUUAUUAGAUUGGGAGGACAUGAAUAAAAUGAAGUACUCAUGGAACGUCGUGUGUGAAGUGAUGAGAUUCAAUCCUCCACUUCAAGGAACUUUCAGGGAGGCCUUAGUUGACUUCACCUAUGCUGGUUACACUAUUCCAAAGGGCUGGAAGGUGUAUUGGACAGUGAGUACAACAAACAUGAACCCUCAAUACUUUAAAAAUCCGGAAGUGUUUGAUCCAACGAGAUACCAAGAAGGUGAGAGCCAUAUUCCUUACACGUAUGUACCAUUUGGAGGUGGACCAAGAAUGUGCCCUGGAAAAGAGUAUGCAAGAUUGGCAGUGCUGGCUUUCGUGCACAAUGUGGUGACCAAGUUUAAGUGGGAUUUACUGGUUCCCAAUGAGAAGAUCAUUGGUGAUAUGAUGCCAAGCCCUGAAAAAGGACUUCCAAUUCGCCUUCAUGCACACUAGAUCCAUUUGCUUGGAGUGAAUUUUACUCGGCUGUCUUAUUUGGACUUUUCCAAAAGUUUAGCCUUCUAUGUGAUUUUUUUUUUUUUGAAUCAUCAUUUAUUUAUAGUAUACCAUGGAAACGUGAUGUUGGUAUAAGCAAUUUUUUUUUUCCUUCUGUAAUAUUUAUAUUAUGUUGUACCAAAAAGUUACUUAUUUUAUAUCAUAUACAUUUGAAACAAAUAUCAUUUGGUCUGUGCAUGCAAGGACUGAGAUUAAUAUUUUAACUUUAUUAUGAAUUGUU